UAUGUCUAACGAAUGGAAUAACAGUUCAUGUUAUUUAUAUCUGUACUUACUAGAAAAAUUUGAUUUCAUAUGAAUUCUAAAAGAAGCAAAAUAGAGUCAUCAGAAACUCCAGCAGUUGACCGUCAUACUACUGCAGAUGAUGACAAAGGUUCGGGUAUGGUUCGUCCACCCUUACCCAGCCGGGACGCCACUUCAGAAUCAUUUUCAAGACCUAGUCAAUUUGAUGAAUUACACGAAAAGGAUGAUAAACAAGAAGCUGUUUGGGUUGAAGUUAUUAACUGUGAAACUUCCUCUCCCUUACGAAUUGCCUAUUCAAAUGUAAAGUCUAUUGGAAGUGGUUCUUUCGGCGUUGUCUAUUCCGCCACACUGGGGGAUAAUCGUGAAGUAGCGAUUAAAAAAGUUUUACAGGACAAAAGAUAUAAAAAUCGUGAACUACAAAUGCUUCGAUUAUUACAUCAUACUAAUAUUGUAUCACUGUAUUAUUACUUUUAUUCAACGUCAUCAUCGAAACCUGGUGAAACUUAUUUAAACUUAAUACAAGAGUAUGUACCACAAACGCUUAGUCGUCUUAUCAGACAUUAUUGGCGAAUUCGACAGUCAAUACCUUUGGUAUGCGUUAAGUUGUACAGUUUUCAACUUCUACGUGGAUUAGCCUAUAUGCAUAACCAAGGCAUAUGUCAUCGAGAUAUUAAACCACAGAAUUUGUUGAUCAAUCCAGAUGAAGGUGUACUAAAAAUUUGUGAUUUUGGAAGUGCUAAGGCGUUGAAUCCUGAAGAACCCAAUGUCUCCUACAUUUGUUCACGAUAUUAUCGAGCACCAGAGUUGAUUUUUGGAGCUACUCAUUAUACUGUACAAAUAGAUAUGUGGUCAGCUGGUUGUGUUAUCGGUGAACUGUUACUGGGAAGACCACUUUUCCCAGGUGAAUCUGGAGUAGAUCAACUAGUUGAAAUUAUCAAAGUACUCGGUACACCAACACGUGAACAAGUUCUAGAAAUGAAUCCUCAUUAUAGUGAAUUCAAAUUUCCUAAUAUUCAAGGUUGUUCAUGGGAAAAGAUAAUUCGUAAUCGUAGUGCAGACACAGCCUUCUGUGUAUUAGAGAAAUUAUUAGUCUACAGUCCUAAAACCCGUAUGACUGCUUCAGAUAUCUUGGGGUGUAGUUUCUUUAGUGAUUUGAUCUCACCACCACCUGGACAUCCAGCUGAUGCAACCGGUCAUCUACCAAGUGGUAAACCAGCGCCAAGUUUUAUAAAUCAAUUCACUGAAGAAGAACUGUCGUAUUUUCCAAAAGAAAUGUCAACUCGACUAAGAGCGUACAAAAAUGCUAUUGCAACAAAAAGUCAUUCUGUUGUAAAUCUUGCCACACUAGACAAAUCUGAAGCAAACAGUCAAAAGAACAAGGGUUCUUGUUCUUCUUCCUCAUCAUCAGCAGUAGCAGUUGGCGGCAGUGUAAAAUCUGGACGAAUGCGUAUUCAAAAUUCCAACACCUCUUCCCACGAUACGCUUAUCCCUCCACGAUUUUCCCUACAAUUACCAAAAGGUAGUAGUCGUAAAACUCAAAGAGCAUCACUGAGUAGUGGUGUUAACUUCAGUCGUAAUGAUGUUCUCCGGUCAAGUUCUGGUAAUCCAUAUCAUCCGAAGAUAAUGACUUCAUCAGUUAGUGAAAAUCGGCCGAUCCAUGUUGGAAGACGUCAAUCUCAAGGUUCCAUUGUAACUGAGAAUUCCAAGAAUAAUCCUUUACGUGAAUCACAACCGUAUCAUUCAUCGCAUUCCACUAAUCUUCGAUCUUCGAAUAGUCAUAAUCAUAACAGUAAUGUGAUGGAUAAUAGUCGGGAAAAUACUCUGCGUAAAUCAUCCCUUUCACGAUCGAAUCAUACUAUUCAGAAUACUGAAGUAUCUGUAAAGUCAAGUAAAUAAACUGAGGAUUUAAAAAACACUUCAUCGGUGUUUACAACCCCCCCAUUUUCGGGAAUUCAACGGUGUCAUCUUCACUGGAAAAAAACAAACAAAACAGGUUGGUGAAUCUUGUACAGAAAAACACAAACAUACAAUAGAGCGUCCAAGUUAUUAUCGCCAUUUUAACUUUAAUGAGUAGUACUCUUACCCCUACUCCUACUAUUACUAUUGUAAAUCACUUGAAUAUUAUAACCGAAUUGUUCUGCCCUCCUCCUUCGUCAUCGUCGUUGUGAUCACUAUCGUCACCAAAGGCGUGUUUCAUUGAUAAAACCACUGCCUGUAAUUCGUGUGUGUGUAUGUAUGUAUGUAUGUGCAAGCAUUGGAUCCAACGCAUUUAACGCCAUACACACACACUCUCUCUCUCACAUGUCUUCAAUAUUUCUCAUGUAUUGUUGAAACCUUCCCCUUUCCCCCUCCUCACUCUCUCUCCCUCUUUCACUCUCGUAUUUCUGUUGUCACCAUCUCCGUCACUGUUUGAUUUGCCAUCUUUUGUCUUCAGUAAUCUAAUAGUGUACAUAAUCCUACUUAGUGUAUGAAUACUGCUUCGUACGCCUUCUCUAUACAUCUUUUGUUGCCAAUACUACUUAUAAUGAUAACAGUAGUAGUAGUAGUAGGUGUUGUUGUUUUUCUAGUAUGACAGUAUUCUGCUCAACUAAUAAUCAUAUACAAAAGUGAUAAUAGUAUACCGGAUUUUGUCAUCAUUUUUGUCAUUUCUUACUUUUUCCUCUUAAUUUCUGUUCAUUUUUUGUCUCAAUGAUUUAUUUCAUUUUACACUGAUAAUUUGUUGAUUAAUUAAUUCACUGAAUUAUCGAAAUUCUUGGAACCGGUGUGUGUGUGUGUUUGCGUGAGCGAGCGCGUGCGCCUUUACGUUUGAAUUGGCGCGUUUCUCUCUGUUUUUUUUAAAAUUUUUAUUUUUAUUGUUUUGCUUUCACCUUGACAACAAAAAGAAAAUAUCGAUCUGUGAUAGUGACAUGAAGUAUGCCCAUACUCUAUCAAAGCCCUAUUAUUAUUGUUAUUAUUAUUACUAAGGAGUGAUACAUACUACUGUUUAUAGUAAUAGUAAUAUAACUAGUUGUAUAUCAGUAGCAGUUGUGAUGUUUAUGCAAAUCUCAUUUCUAUCUUGUGUGUGUAAGCGUGUUGCUCUAUGGUGUGGUGUAGGUGUGUAUAACCAUCAAAAUGUGAUGUAUCUUUUCUGUUGAACAACUCUAACUGCAUUUUAUUACUUUUUUGUUCGAACCCGCCAAGCCCACCAACACAGCUCCGACAUUUGUAUCUUUCAAUGUUCAAUUCUGCUGAAUCUUUUUUUGUUUUUUGUUUUCUCUUCUAAUGUUUUCGUAAUAAUUUGUUGUUUUCUUUUUCACCUAUGUAUGCGUCGAUAAUAUUUUUAAUUUUUAUUUUUUUGGGAGUUUUUCUGCCCGCCUUUUUUUGUUUUGAUUUGAUUUUUUUUGACUAUUUCGAUCUCUUCUAUUGAUGACAACGCCUUUGCUUUCGUGUUUUUGUCCAUCCCACACCAUGCCAUGCCAUGCUGUGCCAGGCUAUGGACACCUUCAUGCAUUCAAGUUGUGUGAUCUGUUAAUCGAUCUGUUAAUUAUUUUCAUCACUAUUAUGGUUAUUAACCGACGUGUGAUGCUUAAUCGAAUUUUAAUUUCUGACUUGUAUUCAUGACUUGAUAUUCUGUGAAGGGAACAAAGCUUCAGUCUCCUUUUUUUCUUGGUUUUCCCACUGCUGUAUAAAAUAAUAGUGAUGAAAUAAUAUGACGUAAUGAGAUCAGAAGGGAUUCUUCUACCUACCAAAAAUGGAUAUAUACAUAUGUAUGUGUCUGGUUUUUCGCUCUCUCUACUUUCUUUGUAAUUUAUAUUUAAUUCCUCUUCCUGAUCUGGAUCGAGAAAACAAUAAAUAAAAAGGUUAUUGAAGGA